AUCCCUGUACGAGCCAUUUGCUGGAGAGCUGGAGUCAGUAAUCCUCCUUGUCCGUGGAUAUUUAGAUUCUGCAAAUCAAAAUGCCACAGAAACUUCAAAAAGAAGCGAAAUCCCAGAAAGAUGAGAUGGACUAAAGCGUUCCGUAAAGCAGCUGGCAAAGAACUGACAGUGGAUAAUUCAUUCGAAUUUGAAAAACGUCGGAACGAACCUGUGAAGUACCAGAGAGAGUUGUGGAAUAAGACUGUGGAUGCAAUGAAGAGAGUGGAGGAAAUAAAGCAAAAACGCCAAGCCAGAUUUAUUAUGAACAGAUUAAAGAAGAGCAAAGAGUUGCAGAAGGCAGAAGACAUCAAAGAAGUCAAACAGAAUAUCCACCUUCUUCGUGCUCCCCAUGCAGGUACACCAAAACAGCUGGAGGACAAAAUGGUGCAGAAGCUACAAGAGGAUGUGCCUAUGGAGGAAGACUCUUAAAGUGUUUUUAUUUACUAUUUAUGUCUCUUCAGCAGUUAACAGUUCCUUACUGCCUCACCUGACAUCAUUCAGAAAUACGCUUACAGUUGAAGAAAAGUACAUUUUAAUGAAUAGUGGUCAUUUACAAUUGGAAUUAUUUUUUUAAUGAAAAGUAAUAGGAUGGAUACUAGUUUGGGCAGUACUUAAAAAUCUGCAACUUAAGAAAACCUUGUCAGCAGGAUGGAGAAAGAGGCAUUAUUGAGAUACCAUGAGCUCCUUGGAAAGUUACACUUUUUCUGGAUAAUUUUUCCAUGUUUUUGCAGAUAAUUAAGUAAUAAAAUAUGCUGGCCCUGAG